AUGGCAGACGAUGAUGCUCCAUCGGACAGCAGUCUGCUAGUAAUAAUAGUAGAUACAAAUCCCAACCAAAGAUACAUAACUGAGGACCCGAAGGUGUUAACCAACUGCCUAGAUGCUGUGAUUGCCUUUGCCAACUCACAUUUGAUGCAAAAAGCUAGAAAUGAGCUCGCUGUUAUAGGGUGCCAUUUUCACAAAAGUGAAUACUUGUACCCCACUCCUGGCAAACCCCUGGAUGUCCGACAGAUUGAUGGCCAGUAUGAACUGUUUACAUUAGUUGAGAAAACCAUCAAAAUGAGAUUAGUAAAUUUAAUAAAAAGCCAGCCUCCCGAGGAGAAGCCUGGUGAGUCCCUACUGGCCGGGGCAGUCGCUAUGGCACUCUGUUUUAUUGCUAAGUUCCGUCGCGAAGCAACCCCGGGUCUCCGUAUAACGGCUCGUAUUCUAAUAGUGACUGGCAGCAGCGACACGGCGGCGCAGUACAUCAACUACAUGAAUGUGUUCUUCACUGCACAGAAACAACAAGUUCUUAUAGAUGUGUGUUCACUGGAUAAACACCUCAGCUUGUUGCAACAAGGAUGUGACAUCACCGGAGGAUUGUACCUCAAAGUCCCCUCUCUGGAGGGAUUACUGCAGUACUUAUUGUGGGUAUUCCUCCCCGAGACAUCAGAACGUACGAAGUUGGUCCUGCCCGGCCGCGGCCGCGUGGACUACCGCGCCGCCUGCUUCUGUCACCGCGAGCUACUCACCAUCGGAUACGUGUGCUCCGUCUGUCUUAGUGUUUUCUGCAAGUUCAGCCCAAUAUGCACAACUUGCCACACUGUCUUCAAAAUUGGAGGUCCACUGCCCAUCAAGCCGAAGAAGAAGAAAAUGAAAGUUUAA